UUACAGAGGUAAUCAAUUAAUCAGUUAAUAAAUUAAAAGCAGUAGUAAUGUCUGAUUGUCCUCAUCAUCAUCAUCAUCGCAUUCCUUUUCUUCUUUGUUCUUCCAAUUUCCGUGUCUCCAUCGUUUUGCGCGUUUCAUCAUAACCCUCCCACUUUCACAAAUUCAAUUCUUUUAAGGAUUGGUUCUAAAAUCUCGUGGCCGUUUCUCGAAUCGAAUCGACGCAAAGUUUUCAGUCAAAUUAGUUCUGGCUUUGAAGUAGCUCUCAAAUGGAAGCGGAUUUCAUGAUGAAUGAUAUGCUCACACUCACCCACGGUGCUUUCGAUGCCAACGAUAUUGAUGAUGUAGCUAUUGAAGGAGAAAGGUGUGGAAUAUGUAUGGACAUUGUUAUUGACAGGGGAGUUCUGGAUUGCUGUCAGCACUGGUUCUGCUUUGUAUGCAUUGACAACUGGGCCACCAUCACUAAUCUCUGUCCACUCUGCCAGAAUGAGUUUCAGUUAAUCACUUGUGUUCCAGUAUAUGAUACCAUUGGAAGCAAUAAAGUUGAAGAUGACGUGUUCUUCAGAGAUGAUGAGUGGUCCAUUGAAGCAAAGAAUAACACGCUUUCAUUUCCCUCGUACUACAUUGAUGAAAAUGCAGUUAUUUGCUUGGAUGGUGAUGGCUGCAAAGUUCGGAAUGGAUUGGCAACUAUUGAAGGGGAUUCUGGUCUUGAUACAUCAAUUGCUUGUGAUUCAUGUGAUACAUGGUAUCAUGCCUUCUGUGUGGGAUUUGAUACUGAAGGUACAUCAGAAAGUACAUGGUUAUGCCCAAGAUGUGUUGCUGAUGAAAUUUCUAAAGGAUCAUCCAAUUCAAUAGAGAGGACAACUGUGGAAUGUAACCCAGAUAAUAGUAACAGUGAGUGUCAAGAUGAGGAUUCCUUUUCAGGAAAAGUGUCUGUGUCUGUUGCUGAUACAGGAGAGACAGCUGUUGUUGUCUCAAUGGUUGACAGAAAUAAAUGGGUUCCAGCAACAAGCGAGAAAAGCCUAUUGCCUUUUGAAGUUUGUGGUGAUCCAACAACUGAAUCAUGUAUGUUAAUGUCUGACACAAAUAAUCAGCAGAGGGGGGAAGAGAAGACAAAUGCGUCACCAAUCGUGGAGGAAGAACUGGAAUUGUCUUUAUCAAACAAUAUAUCCUGUAGCCUAACUUCUAAAUCCUUGGGACAUAAUGAUUUAAAGCAAAGUGCCAAUGGGGCUAGGAAUGAACUGAGUAGCUUUGAUGGAGCCAAGUUAUUUGAUGAGUCCCAUAUCAAAACUAGUCCAUCCAGAAUUGAAUCUGAUAUGGGUCUUCAUCUUGGUUUGUCAGUGGGCUCCUUUUUAUCUGUGGAUAAUGCAGACAAAAAUGAAACAAAAGAUCAAGCAACUGAUGUCCUGAAUGUGAGUCCAGAAGAAUGUUUGUCAAAAGGAGAUGAAAUUGAAGCCAAUGCUUGUAAGGACAAUGCCAAAGUAACUGGUGGAAAGAGAAAGCAUGUUGAUUGCAGUGAACUAGUUCAUAUAAAAGCUGAUGAUGGAGAUGACAAGCCUGAACUUCCAGAUGAAGUUGUGCAAAAGAAAAUUAAAGUUGCUGAUAGUCAAAUGAGUGAUGCUAAUGGCUCAGCUGAUGCUCAUCUUUUCAACAAUUCGCAGAAAAACCCGGCUUUGAAACAUUCUCUGACAAAGGAGAUUGCCACAUCAGAUAUAAUGAAUAUAGUUAAAGGGACGAACCGGAGGCUUUCCAAGCGACUUACUGGGAGUAAUACUUGUGACAAGUUAUCUGAAAAAGGAAAUAUGGCUGGGUUGAGGGUUAAAAAGAUCAUGAAGAGAGUUUCUGAUGAUGGAGAAUCAUCAUUGGUAGUUCAAAAUCUAAAGAAGGAAAUUAGAGAAGCUGUUCGUAACAAAUCCUCUAUAAACUUUGAGGAAAACCAUUUUGAUACAAAGCUUCUUGAAGCAUUUAGGGCAGCUAUAACAGGGCCUAAAACUGAACUUGUAAAUAAGUUAUCCCCUGCAGCUAUAAAGGCAAAGAAAUCAAUGUUGCAGAAAGGAAAAGUGCGUGAGCAUCUAACAAAGAAAAUAUUUGGGACUUCCAAUGGAAGAAGAAAGCGUGCAUGGGAUAGGGACUGUGAAAUUGAAUUUUGGAAAUAUCGUUGCAUGAGAGCAACAAAGCCUGAAAAGAUUGAAACUUUGAAAUCAGUUCUUGACCUACUAAGAAAAAGUUCUGGCAGUCCAGAAUCCAAGCAAGCUGCUGAAUGUCAGGCCAAGAAUCCUAUUCUUUCUCGGCUGUAUUUAGCAGACACAUCUGUUUUCCCACGGAAAGAGGAUGUAAAACCUCUGUCUGUACUUAAAACCGUUGCUAACUCAGAGCAAGUUAAACAAAACAACCCAUCAGAAAAAGUACCAAAUCUAUCUGUUGAUAACAAUGCUAUCAAAUCAACAGAUGUAAAUAAUCUUUUAUCAAAGACAAGAGUUUGUUUAUCUGAAAAAAAGGUAGAUAAGAAAAUUGUACAUGGUCCAGUUGGUGAUAGUUCAGCUUCUGGCAAAGUGCGCUUAAGCAAUCACUCAGAAAGAACAUUAGUUUCUUCUGCUAGUGUCAAGGUUGGCACAAAGGAGUUAGGCCUUAAAUCUGAUUCUAUGAAGAGUGAUAAAAGAAAAUGGGCCUUGGAGGUUCUUGCGAGGAAAACAGCUGUGACAAGCACGAACACAUCUAGUGGAAAUCAAGAAGACAAUGCAAUAUUUAAAGGAAAUUAUCCUUUGCUUGCUCAAUUGCCAAUUGACAUGAGACCAACAUUGGCUCCUUGUCGCCACAAUAAAAUUCCUAUAGCAGUGAGGCAGACACAGCUCUACCGCCUGACAGAGCGCUUAUUGAGGAACACAAAUCUGGCAGUCAUUCGCAGAACUGUAGAUACAGAAUUAGCUGUUGCAGAUGCAGUUAAUAUUGAAAAAGAGGUUGCUGACAGAUCAAACAGCAAGAUUGUGUAUCUGAACCUUUGUUCACAAGAGCUCUCGCAUCGCACAAAUAACACAAAAUCCAAUGUAGCCGCAGAUACAAGUCCACCAGCCUCAUCAGCUGUGCUUACUGAUCAAUCAGAAUUAAAUACCAAUGAUCUUUCGACUGACCCUGCUGUUGAAACAGCCUUGAAAAAUGCUGGUCUGCUGUCUGAUUCCCCACCUAGCAGUCCUCGUGAAAACACAGAAUUAUGUGAUGCAGAUGAUACGUCGGGACCCGAUAAUAUAUUUGAGCUGGAUUCUCAUCCUGAGCUGGAUAUUUAUGGCGAUUUUGAGUAUGAUUUGGAAGAUGAAGAUUACAUUGGUGCUAGUAUUACCAAUGUAUCAAACCCAAAACAAGAGGAAAAUGAGUCAAAAGUAAAACUUAUUUUCUCCACCGUGAACUUGAAAAAGUCAGAUGUCACUUUGGAUCGUGCAGACUGUGAGGGGUCUGAAAGAAACGAAGUGCCAGGAGAUACCUCCUGUCCACCAAACUGUCACAAUGAUGCAUUGCAUCAGGAUUCUACAAAUGAUGCAGAGAUGGGCCAGCCUUCUGUUUCUUCCGAGCUUCUACCCUGCGAGGGUGCUGCUGAGCCAGUUGAUUCCGAAUUUGAAGAAUUAUAUGGACCUGACAAAGAACCGCUUAUAAAAAAAUUUCCCGUCGGUGAAACAAUAUCAUUACAUGGAGAUGGCAAGACAGAAUCUCUAAGCGAGGCCAAUGACUACCAUAAUGAUGAAAAACAUGUCUCGGGCCAAGCAGUAAAUGCUUCGGAACAAGGGAAUGAGAGUCUCACAGAAAAAGUUUCUCUUACUUCCAUCACCGACAAAUCUUCAGAUAUAUCUGAGGCUGGUGAAAAUUUCCAAGCGAAGGAAGAGAAAUCUGAUGUCACUGCUAAGCAGAGUGACUCUGUAAAUCAUGUAAUUAAGAAGGUAGAAGCUUACAUCAAGGAACAUAUAAGGCCACUGUGCAAGAGUGGGGUAAUCACGGCUGAACAAUAUAGGUGGGCUGUGGCAAAAACAACUGAUAAGGUUAUGAAGUAUCAUUCUAAAGCAAAGAAUGCUAAUUUCCUCAUAAAGGAAGGUGAGAAAAUAAAGAAACUUGCAGAGCAGUAUGCUGAAGCAUCCCAACAAAAUAGAAAAAAUUGAUUCAUGUAGCAUUAUUUCAUCAUCAACAAGUUUUCUCAAGUUACUGCUUAUUCACUUUUUAUAGGGUGUUACCUUACUUAAGAAAUUUGCUUUAUUGAUGAGCUGUGGAUAUGUUAGAUUUAGUCUCUCCGCGUCAUUAACGUGAAUUGAGCAGACAAUGGGGAUUGAUUCAGUCAUUCAGAACUGAGAUAACCCGAGACACGGUAAAUUUUCAAAUCUUCAUGCGAUUAGUCAAAUGCAUUUUAUUACUAAUAGGAAAGUUGGUUCCUCUCCUUCAUUGUAUUAUCUGCUCCAUUUUUGUCUACAGCAGCGACUACUACUUCUAAUC